AAGCUGUAGCCAGUCUUGUCUUGGCGAGGAAUCAACUACCACGCACAUAUAAAUCUCUACCUCGCCCGCUACUUUUUCCAUUUUUGAACAAUUCGUAAAACAAUGUGCAAAUUAAGCUUAAUAUCCUUCACGUUUGUCCUGUUCGUCGCUGUGAGUUCAUCCCCACAGCAAAGGUAUCGGGGAUCGACGGGGGAGCAGAGGUACCGCGGGAGUGAGUAUGACUCGGAGCGAGCAUAUCGUGGUGACGGAUCUGACCAGUGGUAUCGUGGAGGCGACAGUUCGCAGCAAAGGGUAGCAGGCGACGACCGAUACAAGGAACGAGAGUACCGUCGCGAUGAAGACCGAUAUUAUGCAGAUUCCCCACAAAGUAGUUACAAUGACAGGAAUCCGAGACCAGAAAAACUGCAUUUCGUCCUUUCAGCUACAAAUCUCCCAGCGGGAAGAAAUUCGCGACAUGAGAGCGUCAAUUCGUACGUAAAAGUGCGAUUUGGCUCCCUUCCAACCCAUUCGACGCGAAGAGGUGAAGAUCUCCAAUCAUUGGAUGAUUCUGAAGUCUUUGUGAAUGAAUUGAAUCCAAAAUGGAUCAAGGUUUGGGAAAUUCAGUACACCAAAGGAACUAAUCAGAAAGUCUGGGUCCAAGUUCGAGAGCAUGGAAUUACUGGCGAAGGCACCGUCAUUGGACAGGCCGAGAUUGAUUUGGAUGAAUAUGUCGAGCACGGUCACCAACUCACCGUUCCAAUUUCGGGGACUAAAUCGGGACAGAUUGUGAUGCAAAAUACGGCACCAUUCAAAUUUACACUAGAACUUAAGAGCAUUCCAGGCUUGGAUGAGUUUGGAGGUUUAAGUGAUCCGUACGUAUUGUGCUAUUUCCGAUACGGAAAGGAUGGACGAGAUUACAAGUUUCAUGAGACAAAAACGCUGGAUAAUACUCGUACGGCUGUGUGGAAUCAGCCCAUAACUUUCGACAACUUCCAACGUGGAACUGACCAGAUGUUCCACUUUGUUGUAAAGGACGCAGACAACAUUUCGGCUGAUGAUGAUAUUGGCGAAGCGUUCCUGGACGUUGAAGCAUUUGCUGAUAAAAAACAAAAAUCAGUCCUGCCAAUUUCUUCAUACUCUAACGUCACACUGUAUGUCAAAUAUGUGAUAUGAUUAUAUUUUUGGAAAUUGGUAUAUAUAUAAAUAAUUCUGUGAAUAAAAUUGAACCUCAAUUUAUGUACGUGUAUGUAUGUAAAUAAAUGUACACAUGUAGGUAUGUAUGCUCAUAUGUACAUGCAAUGAGAGUUGGUCGCUUAGUUCUUGCAUACGAAGAAUGUAGAAUUUUAAAUGUCUCAUUAAUAUUACAAUUCCCAUGAAAAUUUUCCAUACUUAAGAUUUUAAAUUAUAUCCGAGAAUGGCAAGGAUAUUCGUAACUUGGCCAAAUUUAUUUCAUCACUCUAAAUACACUAUAUUAAUAAUCACAAAUAAGAAUAUGAUAAAAAAUAAACAGUUGUUAGGUAUAUGUAUGCCUACGUAGUUAUGUAUAUGUAAUUAGUUAUGAAUCUGUACAUCACUCCAGCUUUAACUCUCUUCCAAUAAAUACUCUCCUCUGUCUCCUC